CAGCAGAAGCUCACAUCACACAUUUUUAGUUUGUUGAAGUUCUGGACUGCUUCACGCUCUCCUUCUUGGCAUGAAUUUUGAAAUGAAUUGUGAAGACCUGAAGAUCAAAACUAUGAAGGGCCAACCCGAUCAGAAGCUAAAUUCAGGGAAAGCUACAGGUCCUAACUGUCUUUCUUCUCCAUGGUGGUGCCCUGUUACAAUGACUCUAGGAAUCCUUUGCCUGGGAUUACUGGUGGCCAUUAUAAUGCAGAGAAUGCAAUUAUCCCAGGUGUCUGAUCUUCUAAAGCAACAGCAAGCCAACCUUACUCACCAGGAAAAUAUACAGGAGGGACAGGUGUUAGCCCAGCACCAGGCAGAAGAAGCUUCCCAGGAGUCACAAAAGGAACUCCAGGAAAUUAUAAACACCCUUAUUGAGAAGCUGGAUGAGAAAUCCAAGAAGCAAAUGGAACUUCAACACCAGAUCCUGAAUCUCCAAGAAGCUCUGAAGAGGGCAGCAAACUUUUCAGGUCCUUGUCCCCAAGACUGGUUCUGGCAUGAAGAAAACUGUUACUUAUUUUCCUCUAGCCCCUAUAACUGGGAAAAGAGCCAAGAGACCUGCUUAUCUUUGGAUGCCCACUUGCUGAAAAUAAAUAGCACGGACGAUCUGGAAUUCAUCCAGAAAGCCAGUGCCCAUUCCAAUUUCCCAUUCUGGAUGGGGUUGUCUUUCAGAAAACCCAAAAACUCGUGGUUCUGGGAAGAUGGUUCUCCUUGGAGGUCUCAUUUGUUUAGACUCCAGGGUGCUUCCAAGACAUACUCUUCAGGCACCUGUGCAUAUAUACAAAGGGGAAUUGUUUAUGCCGACAACUGUAUUUUAGUUGCAUUCAGUAUCUGUCAGAAGAAGGCGAAUCUACUGACAACACAGUGAAUUUGAAGGCCCCGGGAGAAGGAGAAGGUCUCCAAAUUCUAUUCCAGAAAUUAAGCUAUUGCUCCACACUCAGGUGCAAACCACGAGAGUCCUGAGCACUGGUGCCUGCUAUUAGCUGGCUGCAGAAUUCAUUAGCAGAGAUUUGGGUUCCAGCUGC